AUGACCCAAGCUGAAGAAGUCAUCAGUUACCUAAUCAAUUCCAUUGUUGGACUAUCAUCUGCCUCCAGCAAACAGUUUCGAGCAUACUUCCGAGAUGCUGAUCCUGGAGAGCCAGAUACACUCCUUUGUUUGUGCAUCAAAUGGCUUUUCAAAAACGGAGAUUUUUCCGAAUUCUACGAUGGAAUCAAACCGUUGGUCAAAGGAAAAUCUCUUGCCGACUUUACCGACAGUCACUUGAUGCGUUGUCCGGAAUUGAUGAAGUUUAUAGUUGCUCAUGCUGACAACAAAUCAAGAAAGAACAAAUUUUCAAUCAAAAAAGACGAGUUUUCAUUAUGUGUUGGAAGAGGCCGACUGAUAACCGUCCCAUUUACUGAGGAUAUGAAGGAGCCUGCAACUCUUCUAGCAGAUUACACCAAACUUUUGUUCUCUUUCAAGAAUUAUGAUAUCGAAUAUGCAUUUGAAGGCUGCUAUGGGCUGCAUCGCAACAUGGAUCUCAGCCAGAAUCAUAUCAAGCUGUUGAGCAAACUCACCCCAGACCUGUUUGCUGAAAAAGGGACAGCAAAGUUUGGACGUGAAAGAAAUGGCAGACUUGCUGUUCGGAUGAGCAGAAUCUCUUGGCUCAAGAGUGGAAUCUAUUACAACGCUAUCAUUCAGUUGUUCGAGUCCCUCCGAGGCACAGUGAUUCUACAAGGAGAGCAACCUGAAUGUGAGAAGCCGGUGACCUUCAACGAAAUCCUGCAGCACACAUUGGCACAUCCGGGAAAACACCUGCUCGAUGACAAGCCGAACUUGCAAUGGAGCUGUCUGUCCAUGAAGAAAAAGCGCAAGGAAUAA